AAUUAUAAAUAAAAAUAACAAUAAUAAUACUGUAAUUUUUCUAGAUCUCCCCACAAGUCUACAUCAAUGAGUGUUGUCUCAAGUGUUGCUAUAUUACUCAUGGCAAACAGAAAUGGAAUCACACUCCAACACCAAAGCUCUGUUUUAGCUGUUAAAUUCAACUGUGUAAUCUGUUUAGUGUUCUUAUUAAAUGUUCUUCACAUGAUCGUGUUUGCCUCCAUUAAUCUCUUUUCCAGACGUUUUUUACUCUUCCAAAGCAGACAAUAAAUAGACUUCAUUAUCAUUUACAAUCCCUUCUUGUGUUCCUCAAUACUCCAUUUCUAUACUAUAAAAAUCUGUACUCAUGGAGGGUUAUGCAGGUUACAGAAAGGAGAGAGAACUCAAUUCACAUUCACAUUCUAACCCAAACCCUUCUUUUUCUUCCACACUUCUUGAUGCAAUUUAUCGUUCGAUCGACGAGGGUGAAGAGAAAUUAGUAGUAAACAAAAAAACCAUGAAAAAGAAACAGAAUGAUCUUGUGGGCUUUCAGAGUGAAGAAGAAAUGGCAAAUUUUCAAAGAGCUUGCAUGAUAGAGAAGUGGAUGGAGAAAAAGGUGAGUGAAAAAGAGGUUGUUAGGAGAAAAUCCACUGCUGAUUUUGAUAGUAAAUCAAGAUACGAUAGUGGGAAUACUGGGAAUUCUUUGUACUUGAAUUCGAGUUCGAGUUCUUCGGAUUCGAGUUCCGGUGGCAGAUUUUCAUCCUCAGAAGCUGAAUCUGUUCAUGUAGUUUCAUCAAAUACUUCUUGUUAUGGCUUGCAAAAGCCUAAACCGAUUCGAACAAGCGUUACGGCUUCUGAAAAAGAAAAAAUCAGCAAGUAUGAUAAAGUGUUCGAUGACAAUACUUGUCACCAAAAACAUAAGAAUGAAGGAGGAUUUAUGAAAACGAAAUCUAAAGCUUCGAAAUUUUAUGGGGAUUUGAAAAAAUUUAAGCAGCCAAUUUCCCCCGGAGGAAGACUUGCUAGUUUUUUGAAUUCACUUUUCACUGCAGGAAAUGCUAAGAAAUCCAAGAUUUCAUUAAACGGAGCUUAUGAUGAUCAUUCUUCGACCGUAAAGUCAGCAAAUGCAUCAACAUGUUCAUCAGCCUCUUCGUUUUCGAGAUCAUGUUUAAGUAAGACUCCAUCUUCAAGGGAAAAACCGAAUAGUGGUACAAAAAGAUCGGUUAGAUUUUAUCCUGUAAGUGUAAUUGUUGAUGAAGAUUGUCAGCCAUGUGGGCACAAAUCUUUGCAUGAAGAUAAACAAAAUUUGGAGCCUACGAAAAGUAGAAUCAAAAGUUCCAUUAAUGAUGAGCUCAUGCUGCAUGUUAUGGAGAAGAAUCGCCGAGUCGAGGAGGCUGCAAGGGAUUUAUUGAGGAAUUAUCAGAAGAAAGUGGAGACUGAACUCGACCUUAGAAAAACCCUCAUCAAAAAUCAAGUUCUUGGCAAUCGAGAGCAAGAUUUAGAGGAAGAUGCGGACGAUGACGAUGAUGCAAGUUGUGCAAGUUCCGACCUUUUCGAGCUCUAUAAUCUUUCUGCCAUUGGCAUGGAGAAGUAUAGUGAAGAAUUACCAGUGUAUGAAACUACCCAUCUUGAUACAAAUCGAGCUAUUGCAAAUGGUUUGUUAUUGUAAAAAAAAAAAAAAAAAAAAUGUCUUAGAAGUAUUUGUAUUUUAUUAUCAUGUGAUUGGUUUGGGGGUUUACUAAAUCAAGAGAAAUUGUAUUUCAUUUUUGUAAUAUAGUUAAUCUUCGAAUC